GUGCCCGCUGCAGGCAACCAUGAGCGACCGAAAGGCGGUGAUCAAGAACGCCGACAUGUCGGAGGAGAUGCAGCAGGACUCCGUGGAGUGCGCUACGCAGGCGCUGGAGAAGUACAACAUCGAGAAGGACAUCGCGGCGCACAUCAAGAAGGAAUUUGACAAGAAAUACAAUCCUACUUGGCACUGCAUCGUGGGAAGGAACUUUGGCAGCUACGUGACUCAUGAGACCAAACACUUCAUCUACUUCUACCUCGGCCAAGUUGCUAUUCUUCUCUUCAAGUCUGGUUAAACCACGGACUCUCUGUGGCACUGAGUCUGGCUGCAGGACUGCACACCAAAGCCAAGCAGCCUGCUACCCUCAGCCUUCCUGAGGACAUAGACCUCCAUUCCAGGUCUUGUGUUGUAUUGUUAAUGAUCAGGGAUUUCUCUGUAGUAGCUGGUAUUUUCAUUGUGGCUAUAAAGGUGUCUUCCUCAUA